AUGUCCAACGAUCCAACCUCCCCCAUCUCGGUCCCACAUGCGGAGAACCGUCGACGUCGUGGGUCCAUCGCCGACAUAUUCUCCAAGCCGAGCAACCCAUCCAAAACCCAGGUUCCAAGCCAGCAAUCCAACCAGCGUCGGCUGUCAAUCAACACGCUGGGCCUCUCUGGUUCUCCCACCCAGGCAUCCGCCUUCGGUGGCAAUAGCAACUUCCGUCGAGGCAGCCUAUCUAGCUCAAUGGGCUCCAACGGUCCAGUCGAAGAUGCUGUCGACGACAAGCAAAUAACAGGAACCUCGCCCAACUCGCAGUUCGGGAGACGCGUCUCCUUUGGUGCACAAGCUCUGCGUGAUUCUCGUGCAGGGAGCAUAGGAAAUGGUAGAAACUGCCCCCCUCCGGCCGGCUCGGCCAUCGUUACCACCCGAUCUUCCGCAAGUACUUCAACCUCGCCUCCGGAUGAGAGAUCUAACGUAUCACGCCGACCCUUAGGCGAAGGCUUUAACUGGUCAGAGGCCCUCCGCUCUCGUGCUGGGCGUGCCCCUUCCUUCGGCGGCCCCGUCUCCCCACAUCGUUCCAAUGGUAACCACCAGCGUGCCGCUUCCAUCGCAUCUAUGGAGCAGCCUAGCCGGGAAAUUCCCCGUCAGCCUAAGCAGAAUAAGCCGGAUUUCUUCCAGGAGAAGAUCUUGAGGGGUGACUUUAUGGAUUAG